AUAUUUUUUUCUUUCUUUUUUUUGGCAUCUCUUUAAUUGCCGUUACCGUGUACGAUGAUGUUGUGAAGAUGGCAGAAAUCCGACUAGAUGCUAAGACUUUUGAUCGGAGAAUUCGUCUAUUGCUUGCAUUUUGGAAGGUUUGGAAGUAAUGCAGCUAACUUAGAUUAUCUGCACGUUAAAGACCAUGUGUUUUUUGAGGUUUCCUCAUUAUUAGUGCUUCAAGGAAAUUUAGAUGAAGACAACCCCUAUUCAAAGACUUCCUCAUUACAUAAUUGGCUUCUUGGUUAUGAAUUUCCAGAUAUGUUGAUGCUAUUGACAUUGGAAAUGGUUUAUUUUUUAGCAAGUGAUAAGAAGGCAACAAUUUUGGAGACUUUAAGAGAGGGUGUGGAGAGUUUUCCGAUGACUAUUUUACGACGUUCAAAACAUGCGCCUGAAAGCACAGAGAUAUUGAAAAAGGUUAUAGAAGCAAUGGAAAAAUCAGGGAAACGUUUGGGUGUAUUGGCAAAAGAUGUUUUUAAGGGAAAGUUUGCAGAUGAAUGGCGUUCUAUCUAUAAAUCUGAGGCAUUUGAAGAAGUUGAUGUUUCCUCUGGUAUUGCGAUGGUUAUGUCUGUGAAAGAGGAUGAUGAAUUGAAGUGUAUACGUAUGGCGUGUAAAGCAAGUACUGUUCUAAUUUCUACAUAUUUUGUUGAUAAGAUGUCUACAAUUAUUGAUGAAGAUGAUAAAGUUCCACAUUCACGUUUAUCAGAAAUGGUUGAGCGUACGCUUGAGGAUGAUACAUUUAUGCGAUCUAAGGAAAUGAAAAUAAGCCCUGAUUUCGAUCCAGAACAACUUGAAUGGUGUUAUACCCCAAUUAUUCAAAGUUCUGGAAACUAUGAUUUGAGACCGUCAGCUGUUUCUGAUGAUAAUUUGCUUCAAGGUGAUGUGAUUUUGUGUUCACUUGGUUUGCGUUAUAAAUCUUAUUGUUCGAAUAUUGGAAGAACAUAUAUGAUUGACCCAAAUAAGUCUCAAGAAAUUUAUUAUAAUUUUUUGCUAUUGCUUCAGAAAAAAGUAUUUGAAAAUAUUAAGGAUGGUGCUGUUAUUAAAGAUGUAUACAAUAAGGCCGUUGGAUUGAUUCGAGUGAAAUACCCUGAACUUGAGUCCAAAUUUGUUCGUAAUAUUGGUUUUGGUAUUGGAAUAGAGUUUCAAGAUAGAAACUUGAUCUUGAAUUCAAAGAAUAAUAGAGUUUUAAAGGAUGGUAUGACUUUGAAUGUUAGUAUUGGAUUUAAUGGUAUUGAAAAUCCUAAACCUCAGCAUAAUAGAAACAGAACAUAUAGUUUAUUGUUAAUUGAUACAAUAAGAGUUACAAAAGAUGUUCCUGUUGUUUAUACAGAUAAUCCGAAAUCUUAUAACGAUAUAUCUUAUUAUAAUACUGAUGAAUUAUCUGAAAAAGAGACAAUAUCUAAAAGAAGGCCUAAACGUAAAGCAUCUGCUGUCAAUUCUGCAAUUUUGAAAAGAAAAACCAGAGGAGAAAAUAAAGAUGUUGACGAUUCUGCUGAGCAGAGACGGAAACAGCAUCAGAAAGAACUAGCACAGAAAAAGCAAGAUGAGGGCUUAAGUCGUUUUUCAAAUGGAAAUGGGGUUCAGAAUGGAAUAGAAAAGCCUGUUCUUAAGAAAUUUGAGUCUUAUAAGAGAGAUUCUCAAAUGCCUUCUUCUAUAAGUAGUCUUAAAAUUGUGGUUGAUACGAAAAAUAGCAGUAUUAUUGUUCCGAUUUAUGGUCGGCCUGUGCCUUUCCAUAUACUAACAUUGAAAAAUGCAAGUAAAAAUGAUGAAGGAGAAUAUGUUUAUUUACGACUUAAUUUUCUUACUCCUGGUCAAGGUGUUGGAAAAAAAGAUGAUAUGCCGUUUGAUGAUCUUAGUGCAAGUUUUAUAAGAAGUUUAACCUUUAGAAGUUCUGAUGCUCGACAUAUAUCUGAAAUUUUUACAUCAAUUCAAGAAAUGAAAAAAAAUGUUGCUAAGCGUGAAGCUGAACGUAAAGAAAUGGCUGAUGUUAUUGAACAAGAUAAUUUAAUAGAAAUUAAAAAUCACAGGUCUCCGAAGUUAGUCGAUGUAUUUGUUCGUCCUGCUUUAGAUGGUAAACGUGUUCCUGGUGAAUUGGAGAUUCAUCAAAAUGGAUUGCGUUAUCAGUCCCCAUUGAGAUCUGAUCAUAAGAUUGAUCUUCUUUUUAGCAAUAUUAAACAUCUUUUUUUUCAGCCUUGUGAUCAUGAAUUGAUCGCUUUGAUUCAUGUUCAUUUAAAGAAUCCUAUUAUGGUUGGUAAAAGAAGAGCUAAAGAUAUUCAAUUUUAUCGAGAAGCAUCUGAUAUGCAAUUUGAUGAAACUGGAAAUAAAAAAAGAAAGUAUAGAUAUGGCGAUGAUGAUGAAUUAGAAUUGGAACAAGAAGAACGGCGAAGAAGAGCUGCAUUAAAUAGAGAGUUUAAAGCUUUUAGUGAAAAAAUAUCCGAAUCUGUAAAUGAAGGUGAGACAGAUGUUGAUAUUCCUGUACGCGAGCUUGGUUUUACUGGUGUUCCGUUUCGAAGCAAUGUUCUUUUGCAACCGACAACCGAAUGUUUAGUUCAUCUUACUGAUCCUCCUUUUUUAGUUAUAACACUUUCAGAUAUAGAAAUUGCUCAUUUAGAAAGAGUACAGUUCGGUCUUAAGAAUUUUGAUCUUGUUUUUGUUUUUAAGGAUUUUCGUCGAUCUCCUGCUCAUAUUAAUACUAUUCCAAUGAGUCAAUUGGAUAAUGUAAAGGAUUGGUUAGAUUCUGUUGAUAUCGUAUAUACAGAAGGUGUUUUAAAUCUUAAUUGGGCAACAAUUAUGAAGACUAUUAAUGAUGAUCCACUGGCAUUUUUUGAAGAAGGUGGAUGGGCAUUUUUGAAUAAUGAAUCCGAUGAAGAGAGUGCUGAAAGUGAAGAAGAGGGCAGUGAAUUUACUGCUUCUGAAGAUGAGGAGAGUGAAGAAGAAUCAGAAUAUGAUGAGAAUGCAUCAGAUGAGGAAUCGAAUUUUGAAGAAGAGGAUGUUAGUGAUGCAGAGGAUUGGGAUGAACUUGAAAAGAAAGCAGCUCGAGGCAUUUUUUUUUAUGACACUAAGCGGGCACGCAAAUAA